GACGUGCCGCUCGUGCCUCGCGAUCGCUGGAUUUACACGCAACUCGCUUCCACCCCUUCCACCCUCGCCAUCAUACUGUCAUCCCCGUUCAUUAUCGGUAUCCAAUUUGUCAUCAGUUCGGCAUCGAUCGAGAAAAAUUAUCGAUCUUUUUGGUUUUACAUUUUCGACAGUGAAUCUCGCGAAUCGAAUUACGAACCCUAUCAAACGACGAUUUCGAAUUUGUCGAAAACGGCGCGCGUGUAUUUUUAUUUGCGUGUAUAUGUCGAUCGUGCGCGCAUUUUGGGGAUGCAACAGUGCGUCGAGAAAGUGCUCCGAUCAAUCUGUUAAAAUGUGGAUCGCGCGAUCGCGAGCGCAAACGAAGGACGAUUGACGAUGCAGUGACUUACUUGCUGGGGUUUCUUGCUCGAGCGAACGUUUGUGAUCUUCAGCGAUCAAUGGUGAUCUUGGAAUCAAAGUGACGUAAGGGAGUGCAGUUGAAGUUGUGCCAAAUAAUCGUAGAAUGAGAAACGCGUCUCCAUACGAAGGAUUAAUGACGCUUGCGGUUAAUAAGGCGCAACAAUAAUUGCAACAAUUUCGGCAGCAUUUUGGCAUAAUAAUUACAUAAAUUAUUGGCAUGAUUCACCACUGAUUUGCAUAAUAAUAACUCUUAAUACAACGACACUCGCGGUGUGAUGAUGGAAUAAAUGGAAUGUGGGCGCGGGUGCGCGUUUAUUCUCGGGACCACUUUUCACGAUAAGCGCCACGUCCUCGACGAAGAGCGAUCUAUUGUGAGGUUCGUGGUACCAGCUGCGGCGGAUCCGUGGACCAGAAGUGACUGCACUGCGUGCGUGUCAUCGUCAUUGCGGUAAACGGCGCGCAAAAGUGCGCGUGGAACGGCUUGUAUUACGAACGGCCCGGAUUCGUUUUGACUUGAAUUCGACUCGAAGAGGAUCACAGUGCAUUUCCCAGCGGCGAUUUGGAUGCGUGUCUACACGGUGCAGAAACGCGAUCCCGUCCUCCAGCCAACUCGCCGCGUCCGAAAAGUGUAGUUCCGAGAUCCCUGUUCCGAAAGGGAUGCAUGUCUGAGGAAAGGAGAGAGCCACGAGUAUUUUGUAAUCAUCAUGAAGGCAUUCUGGAUCGUGCUUCUAAUUAUCUUACUCGAGAUACACAUAUACAUCACAGUAAGCCAGGCGAAGCAUCAGCAGAACUCAAGUGCCAAUAAUGCAAUCGCCUCAUUGAAUGCCCCGGAGGGUAAAAAUGAAGAUGUUCUUGAAGGACCAAUUGGAGAGGUGCUUGCUCAAAGUGGUACCACGGCAGUUCUACCGUGCAAAAUUACCGAUCCUGGAGCUGGAACGAUCACGUGGGUGAGACGGAGGGACAGACAAUUGUUAACUGUCGGUACUAGCACACACUCCAUUGACAAGAGAUUUGUCGUCAGACACUCGAGCACCGACUGGCAACUCACAAUACGUACCGUAACGGUAGACGAUGCCGGCAUCUAUGAAUGUCAGGUGACGUCGCAUCCGGUACAGCGAAACUUCGCCCGUCUCAAGAUUACGGAGGCGUACUCGAUAAUACCAGGUGCACCUGAUCUGCACGUGAAGCAAGGUUCGAACCUCCGUUUGGAAUGCCAACUUAUGGCGGCCACGGAAAAGCCCCUUUAUGUCUUCUGGUAUCGUCAGGGUCGUAUGAUAAAUUACGACGAGGAGCCUGGCGUUGAUGUCAAGCUCACGUCAAGCGGCUCUAUUUUGACGGUGAACAAAACGAAACUUACGCACGAAGGAAACUACACGUGCGUACCUAGCAACGCCAAAGCGGCGUUUGUCAUGGUUCACGUGAUCGAAGAGGAGGAGAAGCCAGCGGCAAUGCACGGGGGCGACAGAAGGAACCUCAGCCCGGCAAUUUUGGCGAGCAACUUUCUCGUGUCCCUCCUGGCGGCCGUCAGCUGGAGGAUACCGAGUUUCACGAGCCUUUACCCGACGUGAAUUACCGCCGUCCCGGCGGCAUUCUUCGGCCCGCGUGUCCUCCGCGACCUGACGGCAGGCCCGGUGAGGAAACGAGUUCUCGAAGUCGUUGUUCUACUGCCUGGUGUCGGCACGAGUCCCGCUCACUUCUAACCUAGGAAGAAACUCCGGUGUGUGCCGAGAAUGAUUGUGCGCGUGAUACCACGAACUUGGUUUACCUUACGUGUGUCUCUUUUACGUAUACUAUAGAUAGACGCUAUUCGGGGUUGACAGCCGCGUGUGUUCGGUGCCCGAUGGUGUCUUGUAGCUCAAGGACAGAAAGUCACUGGCGAGUCCGUUUGUCUCGGUAUGGUGCACCCUUGUAAAGCUCUUCGCACCUUAUCUUCCAUUUGGGCCCGUUCUCGCGCGAGUGCCGCGUAAAUGUGUUUGCCGGGACGACUGUACUUCGUUUUUGAAUUGAGCUAGCGAUUUUACUGUAGGAGAUACGUUUUACUCUUAAAUUUUCGCGUAAUUCUACGUGUCUCGUUGCGCGCGAAGUUACAAUCCAACUUCUUCUGUCCACGAUAAAAAUGAGGAACAAGAUUUCAACGUGUAAAUACGACCGCAAUUUCUCUUGCUGCACUUAGAGAUUUUGUUGUGAUGAUAAAUCGUACAAAACAAUGAUACUUCAAAAAAGUUCUGAGUAAACUGUAAAAAAUCAAUAAUUUUCAUUAAUAUAUCCGGAAAUAAUAAAUUACAUCUAACCAUGUGGACAGAGUAAUAAUGCUACGAUAAAUUUCAUGAUGAAUUUAUCGUAAAUAUAUACAUGUUUCUAUUUCAGAAAUAUGUAUUAUU